AUGGAUAUGGAUGAUUUCCCUCCAUUUGCUGGCUUUCAAACAUCGCCAGCAGCUUCAGAGAGCGAAGAUUUUCCAUUUGCUGCCGCUUCACCAGAGGGUGCAAGUGCCGAAGACGAAGCUGAAUUAUCCCAGUCCACAUUCAAAGGUAACUGGGAAAAGGUCAUGAAGUUGUACGAAACAAAAUCAGGCGUUCAUUGCAUUGUGAUCACGAGCUCAAAAGACACCGCACUGCACGUGGCAAUUAGUGAUGACAAAGAAGAAGUUGUGGAGAGGAUGGUAGAAUCAAUCCUCAAGUAUACCAACAAAAAAGCUCUGAGAAUGAAGAAUACCAGAGGGGAAACCCCUCUGCAUCGCGCAGCCACAAGAAAGUCUGUGAGAAUGUGCAACUGUAUCGUGGACGCAGGACAAAGCAUGGGUCUCCAUUUGCUCAGCAUUACCAACAAAUGGGGCGAGACGCCCAUCUUCACGGCGGCUCUUCACAACCGUAAACGUGCCUUCAUCUUCCUUCACCAUGCUGCUGAAAAAGCAUACUUGCAAGACAAAGAAAAACCAUAUCAGUUUCUUAGAAGAAGAGCCGGUGGUGGAGAUACUGCCCUUCACGCUGCCAUUAAGAGAGAGCAUUUCGAUUUGGCAUUCCACAUAAUCAAAAUGUGCCCAGAUCUUGUGGGCAAAUCCAAUGAGAAGGGAAUGACUCCUCUUCAUGUCCUUGCCAGCAAACCUUCUGCCUUCAGAAGCGGCCUGCGCCUCUCGUGGUGGAAGCAAAUUGUGUACUACUGUGUCCAUGUCGAUCAGCUAAAAUAUGAUCCAGAUUGUACUUUCACUUCAACAAUAUCAGACAAAACAUCGGAACACGAGUGCCCGGCCCCCAAGAACUACUUGACAUGUUAUCAGUUUUUUGAGGGCUGCUACUUUGAAAAGGAGAAAGGAAGAGAUCCAGAAGCUCCAAAUAACUCCCAUAUCAGUAAAAAUAUUCCUCAGAAUUAUACUACCUGUUAUGAGGUUCUGGUCUCCGUCUACCUAAAUUUGUUCCGCUUCAUGGGAUUUGAGAAGAUAGUUAACAAAAUAAGGGAGGAGAAAGAAAAACAUAAAUGGAGUGUUCAGAUACUGAAAGCACUCAUGGAAGAGCAUAGUACGGCAUAUAUUACCGAAGGAAGAGACCCAGGAAUAGGAAAGGUAUUUGAUCCGAGAAAUCAAAAUGCACAAACGAAUGUCCAAGUUCAUCAAAAAGGCAAUGGUCGGGACUCAAAGGAAGAGACAGAAACUUAUACACCCUUGUUGGUGGCAGCCCAGAAAGGCGUAAUUGAAGUAGUGAACGAAAUUCUAAGCCAACUACCGGUGUCCAUCUACGAAACCACAUCAAAGGAUAAAAAUAUAUUGCAGGUAGCAGUGGAGAACAGGCAACCCAGGGUUAUUGAGGCAGUGCAGAAACAAGUAAACAAAGAGUUAAAGCUUAAUCUUUGGGCUGACCUCAUUGAAUCAGUGGAUACUGAUGACAAUACUAUAUUGCACUUAGCAGCCAAGUACGAAGAAUCCAGGUUACAUCCUUGGCAGAUUCAUGGCACUGCAAUGCGGAUGCAAUGGGAAAUCAAGUGGUAUGAGUAUGUGAAAUCCUUGUUGCCACACCACUUCCUUUCCCUUAGCAAUGCAAAAGACGAAACUCCGGAACAAAUCUUCACUAAAGGUCAUGAAACUCUGGUCAAAGACAGUGGCGAGUGGCUAAAGGAUACGUCGGAAUCUUGUUCGGUGGUGGCUGCGCUGGUUGCCGGAGUUUCCUUUGCAACGUCGAGCCAAGUCCCCGGCGGGACUAAUGGUGAUACUGGCAAACCGACCUUAGAACAACAGCCGGCAUUUGAACUCUUCGCUAUCACUGCGCUUAUUGGGCUCUGCUUCUCUGUUACUGCACUGAUCAUGUUCCUUUCCAUACUCACCUCUCGAAAACUACCCAGAGAUUUUAAAAAAAAUUUGCCCCUCAAGAUUCUUCCGGGCUUGAGCUCGCUGUUUGUGUCCAUUGCCUCGAUGCUUAUAUCUUUCUGCGCCGCACAUUUCUUCGUGCUCGAGGACAAAUUCAAGACAGCAGUGUUCCCUCUGUAUGCAGCCACUUGCCUUCCUGUUUCCUUCUACGCAAUCGUACAGUUUCCGCUCUACAUGGAUCUUUUGAAAUCCAUUAUUACAGAGGUUCCUCAGUCGCUCCCUUCUGGCCAUGUAUGA